GUUUAAUCCCACAUCGACUACUAAUUGGGUACAUUUAUAUGCCCUUAUACACCUGGGGUGGAUUAACCUUUUGAUUUUCUUUUCCAUUCAAGCAGAGACUGGUUAUACGUACCAAGAGCGUCCAGUUCAUGCCGUUCUCUUUAUCACUCUUUCUGACUCUCAGCGCAAUAAUGUGGUUAUGCUACGGUGUUCUACUAAAAGACUUGCAUGUUGCUCUUCCAAACAUACUGGGUUCUAUCCUGGGGGUACUUCAGAUGGUGCUAUACGCAAUUUACAAAGACUCCAACAAGAGUAAGGAGAAGGACAAGGAGAAGCAGCAGGAGCAUAACAUCGGUGAUGGCGUUAAGCUAAGCACAAUGGGAUGUUCAGAGGUCCAUCCAUUUCAGAUCGAUGCAGAGUCGAUUCAUGUUGAGGUGAAUGAUGUGGACGAUGAUCAUCAAAACAAGCCUGUUGAUGAUCAUACCCUUACGAUUGAAAUCUCAACUCCGAUGGAACUCCCAACUCUAAUCGAAUGUCAAGCUUGA